AUGGCACCGAAGAAAAAGCAGACGAAACAAGACACCCUGAGCGCUGAGAAAAAUAAGCAAGGAGCAGGAACCAAGAAUGAAAACAUAGCCAAGGAACUAAGCAAUAUGGAAAUACUUGUCAAAGAGAGGAAAUCGUACCUGCAGAAGGAAUGCCAGAUUCUCACUGAACAUAUGAAUAUAUACAUGGGAAGAGUGGAGCACUUCCUGCAGGAAAACAAAUUCCUAGAAAGGGAGGCCCAGCGGAAUCAGGAAGAGAGCAAUGCUUACCUCUCUUACAUAAAAAACCACAGCCAGAAGUGCCAGAAUCUGAUAAUAACAUUAAAUGACCAGAAUCACUCCGAUCUGUCUCGAGCCUCGCUGCAGAAAGAGAAGCUAGUCUCACAGUAUGCAGAAAAGGAGAAGGAGGUAAGGAGCGCUCUGACGAAUAUGGAGACAAAGUACUCCCUUAUGAAGAAGGAGGCUGAAGACCUGCAGCCUUUGAAAAUGUCAUCUCUUCAGCUGGAACGAACGAAAAAGAUCAAAGAGCUGGAGAAGGAAUUGCUGGUCACAAAGAUACAUCAUUCAGACGAAAUGCACAACGUAAAGAUCAGAUUUCUGCAGGCCAAGGCUGACUACAACACGGACUCUCAUCAGAAGAUCCAAGCUCUCACCAAGAGAGCAGAAGACGCAGCGACACGAUCUCUAAUUCAGCACAUCAAACAAGUGAAAGAAGAGAAUAGCCAUCUGCUCCAGGAACUGCUCAGACUCAUCGAAUACUCAAAAAUCCUUAAAGAAACCAAAGUUCAACUGCUGGAGGAGCAGCAGCAGCUUGUUCGGGAGGUGCAAUACAUCCAGGACAUGGCACACACGCGCCACAGCCUGCACGAGCACGAGGCACACAGUGCAAGUGCCAAGCUCUAA